UGGAUGUGUUCUGUGACUCAGUAUGAGACACGACACUGCAGCAUGGCAGAAAGCGUCGAGAUGCACAAAAACCCUCCCUUCUUAGAAUAAAGGUGGCCCGACAGGAUGGGGGAAGGGCCUGCUGUCAGGUCUUUGGUUGCCAUCUCGCCCAUGCAGCAGAUGCUGGCAUCUGGCACUGGUGCUGUACUAACAUCCCUUUUUGUCACACCAUUGGAUGUGGUGAAGAUCAGACUUCAAGCCCAGCAAACUCCCCUCCAUCAAGCCCUAGCAGCACAUUCAAGGCCCUGGACUGGGGUCAUCCGGCCUUCAAAAUGGAAACAUUUUCUCUAUUGUAAUGGCUUGAUGGACCACAUCUAUGUGUGCCAGAAUGUGUCAACCUGCGCCAGUUGCUGCAAAACCCCAACCCACUUCAGCGGCACUGUGGAUGCAUUUGUAAAGAUCACACGCCAUGAGGGACUCAGGUCUCUGUGGAGCGGACUUCCCCCCACACUGGUGAUGGCCGUUCCAGCCACUGUCAUCUACUUCACAUGCUACGACCAGCUGAGAGACUUCCUGCGUUAUGCCAUGGGCUAUCAGGGGGACCAUAUCCCUCUUAUAGCAGGAGGACUAGCCAGAUUGGGAGCGGUGUCUGUGAUCAGCCCUCUGGAAUUAGUACGCACAAAGAUGCAGUCCCGCAGGCUCCCCUACAGCGAGUUGAUGGUGUGUAUCCGCUCGGCUGUGGCUCAGGAUGGCUGGUUGUCUCUCUGGAGAGGUUGGGGACCCACUGUUCUGCGGGACGUGCCCUUCUCCGCCCUGUAUUGGUUUAACUAUGAACUUUUGAGGGCACAGCUAUGUGAGCGGUGUAGCGCACCACAGACCUCAUUUACCAUCAGUUUUUCAGCAGGGGCCAUCUCAGGAGCAGUAGCUGCAAUUCUGACCUUGCCGUUUGAUGUGGUGAAAACACGCAAGCAAAUCCAGUUAGGAGAGAUUGAGGCUCGCGGAGCCGUUUCUGUGAAGAAGCCAUCCUCCACAUGGAACAUAAUGAGGAAUAUUUGGACUGACAUGGGCUAUAGGGGAUUGUUUGCAGGUUUCCUCCCAAGAGUGAUCAAAGUUGCUCCUGCCUGUGCAGUAAUGAUCAGCACUUAUGAGUUUGGUAAGACAUUCUUUCAGGAGCGUAAUCUGGGUCAGGCACAGUGUGGACAUUGAGGUGGUCUCGAGGACCUGCAGUUUGUCAUUUCCUCCAAUCCCAUAGGGACCAAACUCUGAAGCUACUCCAAAUGAAGCUACACUGAAAUUCACAGCUGCAGCAGCCCUGAGAAAAAGAGGGAGAUUCCUCUUCAGCAUGUCUGUUCAACUACUGCAAACACUCAUGACAUUAGCCCAGCAUUGUCCUGAACCCCCUUUUCACCGAAUGAAACUCAAAUUGUUGGGUGAUAUGCCCACAGACUGGCACCAAGAAUCAAAAGCUGAGACUUUGACUGAUAGACUGCCUCUGAGACCUAAGCCCUCAGGUAUGAUUCAGUGAUGCCUUUAAUGGGAAUUUUACCAAAGCAUGCAGGCAGAAAUAAACUACCUCCCCACAUGCCCUGCUUAUUGAAAUGGCAGCCAGCUUGUUGUAUCUGCAGUGCAAGACUCUAAGUCCCUUUCAUUAAAGACACUGUGAUGCCCUCUACUGUUCAAGUUUAAGAACCUCAGACAGAAGGGAUAAACUUCUCAUUAUUGAAGAUUUGUUCUCUUCAUUUUCAGCAGGGCAUUGCAUUUUUGUUUUUUCUGAUAGUAACAAGUCUGGUUCUAGUAUCAUGAGACUUGCUCUUUGUGACACUUUUGAAGGUUUUAUUUGUUAUGCCUUGAGAAUGGAUUGCGCCCUUAAGUUUUUAGACAAGGCAUGUACUUGUGUGUAGUGGGUGGAUCCCUGGUCUUGUCCUGUGAACUACACCAGUUCACUGCAUUUAAUUCAGAUAUGAACAUGAUUUACUUGUGUACACAUACUGCUGACUUGAAAUGAUUACACAGUUCUCACAUUGUACCGAAUAGAGACAUUUUUAAGAAAUGUUAAUGUGCAUUACCAUACAUGAAUCAUACUACAUAA